AUGGAGCAGUUUGAGCCACAUAGCCUUUCCAGCGCUGCGCGUGCCAUGGGCAAACUCAAGUGGCAGCCCUCGGCGCUGUGGGAGGCGGCAUCCUUGCGAGCCAUGCAGAGACUACCAGAGCUUGACUCGCGAGGCCCUUCAAACGCUGCGCAGUCGGUAACUGCUUUGCGGCAAUUCCGCCGACCGCUCCUGCAGGCCCUGACCUCGAAUGCAGCCGUCAAGAUGGCCGAGUUUGACGAGCAGGCGAUUUCGACCACGAUGUGGGCUGCUACAAAGGCCGCGCACCACGAUCCACAGCCAGUGGAUGCGAGUGUAGCUGCUGUGAUGACUCGUGCUCCUGCGUUCCACAAGCAGGGCCUGGCGAACUUGUCCUGA